GUGGCGCCCUGUGUGGGCUCAGCGCGGGCGGUGGCGUGAGGGGCUCCGGCGGAGACAUGUCCUCGGGGGUGGCCGCGCGCUGCGACGCCAAGAAGCUUGUGCGCUCGCCCAGCGGCCUGCGCAUGGUGCCGGAGCACCGCGCCUUCGGAAGCCCGUUCGGCUUGGAGGAGCCGCAGUGGGUCCCGGACAAGGAGUGUCCAAGAUGUAUGCAGUGUGAUGCCAAAUUUGACUUUAUCACCAGAAAGCACCACUGCCGCCGCUGUGGGAAAUGCUUCUGCGACAGGUGCUGCAGCCAGAAGGUGCCGCUCCGGCGCAUGUGCUUCGUGGACCCAGUGCGCCAGUGUGCUGAAUGUGCCCUGGUGUCUCACCGCGAGGCUGAGUUUUAUGACAAGCAGCUCAAGGUGCUCCUAAGUGGAGCUACCUUCCUUGUUACUUCUGGGGACUCAGAGAAGCCUGAGACCAUGGUUUGUCGUCUUUCCAACAAUCAGAGAUGCUUGAUUCUGGAUGGGGACAGCCAUCGUGAGAUUGAGAUUGCACAUGUCUGUACCGUGCAGAUUCUCACAGAAGGCUUCACUCCUGGAGUAGAAAAAGACAUUCACACUUACACCAGCCUCCUGGGGAGCCUGCCUGCCUCUGAAGCGGGCAGCACUCGAGCCACAGGGAUGUUCCUGCAGUACACAGUGCCAGGGGCAGAGGCUGCAACACAGCUGAGGCUGAUGGCUGGAGAGGAUGCAAACGGCAGCAAGAGGCAGGCAGCAGCAUGGCUGGCAGCCAUGCACAAGGCUACCAAGCUCCUCUAUGAAUCACGAGACCAGUAACUGCAAGGGAACUGAGCCCAGCACAUCAGGUUACAAAGUCCAAGCUGCUUGCCCCUGCCUGAGCACUCAGGGCUCUGCUCUGUGUGUGCUUGGAAAUGCAAAUCAAGUAUGUGGAAGCAGUGUUCGCGUAUCUAGUGCAAUAUGUACACAGUUGAUUAACGCUUUCAAGAGCUGACAUUGUAGUGGAUCGUUGGUACUUUCAGGGUUGGGAGAAGCUGCACUACAGUACUGAAUCAGUUUUAGUAUAACCUAUACCAGGUUUAUUAGAGAUUUUUGGCCCUGUUCCUACAGAAACAAAUUAGGUGGUGUUCACUCAGGUCCCUGGUUGAGCAUUGGACCCUGCCUAUCUCCAGUAGCCCAUUUACAAUGCCUUAGCCUGUUUAUGACUCUCCAUUUAUUUUGUCACUAAUUUGGGGCAAUGAACAGUCCUUUUAUAUGUCACUAAGGGGGAGGCAUCACCUUUGUGUUUUCUACUUUUCACUUACUAUUCACUUUAUUAAAAUGACUGUACAGUAAUUUGUAUAUAAAGCGUAUGAUUAAAACUUAUUUUGAAAGCACA